GACCCUCGCCUCCGCGCAGAAUCUAAGAUGUCCACUGAAGGGCAAAGAGUUGAUGAUAGUCCAAGCACUAGUGGAGGCAGCUCUGAUGGAGAUCAGCGAGAAAGUGUUAAACAAGAUCAAGAGAGAGAACAGGUUCAGCCCAAGAAGAAGGAGGGCAAAAUCUCUAGCAAAACAGCUGCUAAACUUUCAACUAGUGCAAAAAGAAUUCAGAAAGAACUUGCAGAAAUUACAUUAGACCCUCCUCCAAACUGUAGUGCUGGACCUAAGGGAGACAACAUAUAUGAAUGGCGAUCAACUAUCCUUGGGCCUCCAGGUUCUGUAUAUGAGGGAGGAGUUUUUUCCCUUGAUAUUACCUUCUCGCCAGACUAUCCCUUUAAGCCACCUAAGGUUACAUUUUGGACAAGAAUUUAUCACUGUAAUAUUAACAGCCAAGGAGUAAUUUGCUUGGAUAUUUUAAAAGACAACUGGAGUCCAGCAUUAACCAUAUCUAAAGUUCUUCUUUCUAUUUGUUCACUUCUUACAGACUGCAACCCUGCUGACCCCCUGGUUGGAAGUAUUGCUACUCAGUAUAUGACAAACAGAGCAGAGCAUGAGUGGACCAAGAGAUAUGCUACAUAG